ACGCCCAGUUCAAGCAUCAGUCAUCAUCGCAGUCCUCUACCGCGGAGCAGCAAUCCAAAUCCUUGCAAAUCUUUUAAAAUGAUUAAGUUUUCGGCAGCAUUGGUGUUGGCACUUGUCGGUGUCUGUCUGGCGUACGAGCAUCACGGGUUCGUGAGUGAGGUUAAGCACAUCCCGUACAAGUACUACGGUGGUGAAAUUGGUGGCGGCUUCGGUGGCGAAGAGAGCGGCAUUGGAGGUGGCAUCGGAGGUGGAAUUGGCGGUGGCAGCGAGGGCGGCUUCGAGGGUAAGGACUACUAUGCCUACCCGAAGUACAAGUUCGAGUACGGAGUUAAGGACUACCACACCGGUGAUCACAAGAGCCAGUGGGAGGUGCGCGACGGUGAUGUGGUGAAGGGCGAGUACACGCUGGAUGAGCCGGACGGUUCGACCCGUAUCGUGAAGUACCACGCCGACAGCAAGAACGGAUUCGAGGCUAUUGUCAAGAACAUCGGCAAGGGAGGACUGCAGCAGGAGGGUGGCUCGAUCGGUGGCGGCAUCGAGGGCGGUAUUGGUGGAGGUUAUGGAGGAUAUGGUCACGGCUACAGCUACAGCAAGCUGAAGAAGUUCAACUGAAACGUCCCAUCCUGCUUUACAUACGAGAUGCAUCCGUCCGUUGUUUUCCCACGUACAAAAUGGUUCCUAGCAAAUAAAGCAAUUGUCUGAGUAUUCAAAA